AUGGACGAACAGGAGAAACGGAACGGGCAGGCCGCAGGGGAGAAUACAACGGGAGGGUUACUAGAAAGCUCGCCCUGGGAAUACCCCAGUCAGGGAGACACCGGAGCGUACAGUAGCGGGUACGGCGGUAGUGAUGCCGUUGGGAAAGCGGAGGAGGCGGCGAGAGUGGCGAUUAUUCGCGGGUAUGAGAGGCGGGCGGAGACGAGGGGGCGCACAGUCGUGGUGCGGCCAAUGGCGGGGUGCCACGUGGCAGCGCUGACGGAGAUGUUGACGGAUUCGUUCAUGGACUACAUGGGCGGCAUGACGUUCAAGCCGCUGCUGCGCAUGCAGAUCUCUGUCUAUGUGGCAGGCCGACUACGCAUUGUGCCACAUGGCGUGAUGCUAGUGGCUACUCUGGAGCAACCUCCUCACUCCUCCGACAGCGAGCCAGGUGCUGCUUCCUCCUCCUCUUCCUCCUCCUCUUCCUCCUCUUCCUCCUCCUCUCCCCCGCCUUCCCCCUCCUCCGACGUUCGUCGCUACAGCCUGCAGCAGCAGCCGCUACAGCCAGGCGCAGCAGCAACAGCGUCGCCACCAGAGGGGCCAGUGGUGGGAGUGGUGGAGCUGGCACUCACAGGCAAGGCGCGCCCUGCCUUCCCCACGCUUGACCCCCCGCCUCAUGCUGCUUACCUCUGCAACAUGGCCGUGGGACAUCAAUACAGGCGGCUGGGCAUCGCGCGAGUGCUGCUGUCAGCAGUGGAGGAGCUGGCAGCGACCCUGGGAGCCACGUCCAUGUGCCUGCACUGCCGCCUCGUGGAUAUCCCCCCCUUCCUGCUCUACUCCUCUGCGGGUUACACCACCUUGCAGCAGGACCACCCCCUUGCACCGCUGCUCACCUUCCAGCGCAGGAGAAGGCUCAUGCAGAGGGAGUUGAGUGGGAGUGGGGGAGAGCAGGAGAGUGGGGAGAGUGAGGAGGGGGUGGAGGGGAGGGAUGAGGGGGGUGUGUGGAAAGAGGAUGGGGGGUUGUGA